AUUGAAAAUAGGCAGAUGAAAGUGAGCAUUGUCGAAGAGAUAAAGGUGAGUGUGAGCAUUGUUGAUAAGAUGAAGGUGAGCAUAAGCAUUGUUAAUGAGAUGAAGAUGAGUAUGAGCAUUGUUGAUGAGAUGAAGGUGAGCAUGAGUAUUGUUGAUGAGAUAAAGAUAGACAUUGUUGAUGAGAUGAAGGUGAGAAUAAACAUUGUUGAUAAAAUGAAGGUGAGCAUGAAUAUUGUCAAUAAGAUAAAG